AUGGCGACUCUUCCGACAACGCGGUCGGGCUCGCCACCAGCACUGCCGCUAAGCCACCAGUCUGAUACUCGCACCGACGAAGACAAAGCCCGCCGUGUGCAGCGCCUGGCGCAGCACAUCACCAACGCCCAUGACCUCGACGUCGUGAUCAGCAUCACCGAUCACCUACCAUUCGUCGUCUCUGCUCUCAACGUCUUGCUUCGAGUCAAUGCCUCCCACGGCUUUAGCUCCAACUUGCAGAACUUCAACUUCCAGAACUCCAACUUCCAGAGCUCCAACAAGAACGACCAGGCCAGAAAGAAAUCGAAAUACGGCGAGACGUACUUCGCACGGUGUUGCAACGUGGGAAGCCCAAUCACGAAGCCGCUGCUCGUCGGGCACUAUAUCGAGCGCUCCAUCAGAACCCAGGAGGAAGUGGAUGACCUGUGGCUUGGUGUCUACCCAUCACUUGUGCCAGGAUUCGAGUUUCAGCACGGAAUGAGCGACACUGGACUCCUCACUCACUAUCGUGCUGCCACAGUCCAAAUGAUUGCCUCAGAAGUGCAUGGAAUGGACCUCGACGCUCUCAAAGACGUGACGCGCAGCAUGACGCCCGAAGCUCAUCUCCAGUUGGCAACGAACCUUUGCAAAUACUCUGCUGAGCGAUUCUGUCGACCUCAUCCUCAUAUUCCCGCCAACGAGCUCCACAAGGACAUCAUAGGACCUGCAUACAAAUUGUACGGGCACGAAACCGAUGUCCUGGGCUUGGAAGCACUGAGCACGACCGAGAUCAUAGACCUAUUGGAACAGAAAGAGGCUACGAAUCCUAUCCCCAGGCAGCUCUUCAAGUUGGCUGGCGCGCGAAGACUGCGCGAUAUGGGCACUGUCACGCCGAACGCGAUUCGUGGCAUCGUCGCAGAGUUCAACGCCGCCGUUCGCAAGACAUACUGGACGCUGGUCGAGAAGUUCAGAGCCCAGGACAGGCAGCUUUGGUACGACGAGGUGAUCAACUCCGAAGGUCAACUCAACUUCCUCUUCGCCAAGGAUGAUCUCAAGGGCUGCAUUGAUAGGAUCUGGUCGAAUGAGGCACUUUUCAAUGAAUUCGAGAUUCGGGAUCUGACCAUACACGCAUGUGCGUCAAGCAUCUACCACCAGCAGCUCUACUCUCCCGAGUUCAUGCAGAAGGCGGCCAACUUCUCAACAUGA